AUGUCUAAACUGAGCCUCCGGGAUCGAAGCCCGAUGAAUUCCUCAUGGGUUUGGAAGAAGAAGCUUCCUCGCUUCCUCGCCGCCGCCUGUCUAAUCGGCACCCUUCUCUUCUUUAUCAGCCCUCGAAUCAAUCGCCAUACACUAGAACAGGAAAUAGUCCAGGCCGCUACGGAAACCGCAGAAACCGUCGCAGGGUUUGCUUCUCCCUCGACAGAGAACAUUACAGUUACUUCCAAAGUUGGCUGCCAGCCCGAUCGCGAUGUUCUGGAACGUUUGGGGGUCAAGAAGCUGUCGCAAUACGUGCGCCGGGAAGUGGUUGCAGUUCAGUCGCCGACCAACCUACCCUUGACUCAAGUACUCGAUAUCCCCCUAUUUGAUAAGCAUUCAACCGGCAAGAAGGUUCAGGGCGCAGAGCCAUUGCAGAGCGAUUGCUCAAUCGCCAGCCCGCUCACUUUACAAGUCCCACGACCCCCUCAACACAUUGACGCGUCGCACUUCGACUUCGGUGUCGCUACAACAUGGGAUAGGUUGAAUGAGUCGUUGGAUGCCUUCACUCAUUGGGCUGGUAACACGGGAGUUCGCAUCUUUGCACUUAUUGAGCCCGAUAGCCGGGUGCCGGAAGUACUGGCAAAGGCCAAAAGGCUUGGUAUUCAGUUGUUCGUAACGGAGAACGACGAGGAAUACCAGACCCGGUACUUCUCCCUGGUCUCACACUUGGCUCACAACCUCCGAGAAGAGACUCGUUGGUCUUGCAUCAUCGACGACGACACGUUUUUCCCUUCUAUCCAAGGCUUAGUGGAGGCUUUUGAGCGUUACGACCACACCCAGCAAGUGUACGUCGGUGGAGUGUCGGAAAGCGUGGCACAGAUCGGUUUAUUUGGGCUUAUGGGAUUCGGAGGCGCUGGCGUUUUCUUGUCUCGGCCUCUCGUUGAGCAACUCAGCAAACCCGAGGUCUUUGACGCCUGCCAACAGAUGGUUUACACCGGUGAUCGCCGAAUCUCCCUCUGCAUUUACCAGUACUCUGACGCGUCAUUGACGAUCGAUCACCGAUUGCGCCAACUCGAUUUCCGCGGCGAUGCAUCUGGAUUCUUUGAAGCAGCUCGACCAUUGCCAUUAUCUGUUCAUCAUUGGAAGAGCUGGUUCAACACCGACAUGACCAAACUCAGCACUGUCAGCGAAGUUUGCGGCGACUCAUGCCUUUUGAGCAAAUUCCGAUUUGCAGACGGCUGGACCUUGACCAACGGGUUUUCUAUCACCAAGUUUAGUGAAGAAUUGAGUCUUGACGAUCACUCAAUGGAAUUGACAUGGGACGGUGACCACGGGGCAAACCGCGAAGCCUUUAUGCACGAACUCGGGCCUCUACGCGAGAAAGAUGACGGAAAGGUCAGCUAUCUCAUGACGGAAUCGGUCACAGACGGCAACCAGGUGCGCCAGUGGUACAUCCGCCGGGAUGACUCCCACGGCGACCAGGUGGUUGAAUUGACCUGGCGAAGGCAGUAG